AUGGCGGAUCCAUAUGGCAUCGAUGCGGCCGACGAGCCCGCUGGGCUGCCGAUGCGCCAAGUCCUAGCAAGUCUUCAUUACGCCUACCCAACCACCGUCUUCAUCUACUACAUGGUCACCUCCACCGUGGCCAUAUGCACUCUGCAAACUAGGUCUUCGGAAGACGCUCACCCGCGCCGCCGUCCGAUCACGUGGUUGCUCGUGCUCGUUAUCCUCACCUACUUUGCCCAGCUGCUCGCUUUGAGUAUUCAGGGCGCCGUCCAGCAUGUGUUCCCAUUCGCCGAGCAGGAUACCAUCAUCGGUCUUAUGUCAUGCGCCCUAGCAUUCGGAGUUGUCUUUGCGGGUCUCUCGGAGGCGGCCAAUCCGGUCUGGUAUCCGUACAUUGGAUCCUUCGCGAUAGCACUCAUUCUCGAACCAGUCGUGGGGGCCGUGUCUCUGAUGGCUCGGUCCACGGGACCUCUCAAGUUCAUCGAGUUGUUCGACAUCUCGGCCCUCGCCGUCAGGUACCUUGCAGUCGUCCUAGCCGUGGUCUUCUAUUUGGAAGGGAACCACUACACCCGGAAGGAGAAGGGCACCGACUCGGAACGCCAAAGCUUGCUCAAGGCGAACGGCCAUGCCAGCCACGAUUCCGACUCGGAUGAUCAGGGGAACAGAACUCAGCAGAACGGGUACGGGUCGACGUCAGAUGGCUCGAGCGAUAGCAACCAGUCCUCCUCGAGCGAUAGCAACCAGCCCUCCGACACCGACGACGACGAAAACCCUUACGAAAGACGCCAGCGGCAAGCGAGCGAGCAGAUGGAAAAAAGGCUCAAGGAAAAGGGGAACUGGGUCACAUAUGCCAAGAGUUUUCGGGUCUUCUUCCCGUACAUCUGGCCCGUGAAGCACCGUUCGCUCCAGAUCCGCGUAGUGCUUGUCGGUAUAUGCCUGCUUGCCAUGAACUUCAUCAACGUCUUGAUCCCGCGCCAGCUGGGUAUCAUCAUGGACAGUCUUUCCGGUUCAAACGGCAAGAACCCCUGGAGCGAGGUUCUCUUCUUUGCCGGCCUCAAGCUCGUGGCUUCCGAAGCCGGUCUCUCACUGUUACGCCAGUGGCUCUGGAUCCCUGUUGAGUAUUACUCGUUUGGCGCUAUUAGCACCGCCGCGUAUUCUCACGUUCUCAACCUGUCUUCCGACUUUCACGAUUCCAAGAGCUCCUCCGACAUCAUGAUGGCCAUACAGUCCGGCCAAAGCAUCUCCAACAUUCUCGAGUCGAUCUGUUUCCGGGCGGUGCCGAUGCUCAUCGAUAUGACGGUCGCCUUUGUAUAUCUCUCGGCAACCUUUGGUCCGUACGAGGGCUUCAUCACCAUCGCGACCGCCGCCAUUUUCAUCUAUAUCGCUACUCGCAUGAUCGCCGCACUCAAGGGCGCACGUAGGAAUGAGGUAGGGGCUUGGUAUAAGGAGCACUAUGUCCGGCAAGCCGGAAUUCAGGGGUGGUCGACGGUCGCCAGCUUCAACCAAAUCCGGCACGAGGAAAACCGCUACUCGGACGCCGUCGAGGACCGUGUGGCCAAGACCCAAAAGGUGUACUUCGGCUACGUCCUUGCUUAUGCGUUCCAGUUCUUGGUUCUCCUCUCAGGGCUUCUCGCUGGAGCAUUCCUGGCAGUGUACCAGGUUACCCACGGCCAGGCCACCCCAGGUGACUUCAUCAUGCUGCUGACAUACUGGGCCCAACUGGUCUCCCCUCUCACCUUUUUUGCUGGCCUCGGGAAAAGCAUCUCGAGGGACCUCCUCCAUGCAGAGCAGCUUCUGGAGAUCAUGCAGACCAAGCCAAGCGUGCUCAGCAAGGAGGGAGCACCGCCUCUGCAUUUCAAAAACGGAGAAGUCCGCUUUGGCGGUGUCUGCUUCUCGUACGACAAUAAGAAGGAGAUUUUGAAGGACAUCAACUUCACCGCAACACCAGGCAUGACGGUGGCUUUUGUCGGUGCGACGGGGGCUGGCAAAUCUACCAUCUUGAAACUUCUCGACCGGUUUUACGACGUUACGAAGGGGUCGAUUGCAAUCGAUGGACAGGAUAUCCGAAACGUUGAUCUAUACAGUCUCCGAGCCCAGAUCGGAGUCGUGCCCCAGGCUCCUAUCCUAUUCGACGACACCAUCAUGAACAACGUGCGGUAUGCCAAGCUCACGGCGACUGACGAAGAGGUCUACGAAGCGUGCAAGGCUGCCAGCAUUCACGACCAGAUCUUGACAUUUACUGAUGGCUACCAAACCAAGGUCGGAGAGCGAGGCGUCAAGCUCUCUGGUGGCGAGCUGCAGCGAGUGGCCAUUGCCCGGGCUAUUCUGAAGAGGCCUUCAAUGGUUCUCCUUGACGAGGCAACGAGCGCAGUCGACACAGAGACCGAGCAGAAGAUCCAGGACGCUCUACGCACUCUCUGCGAAGGCCGCACGACUUUCAUUGUAGCGCAUCGCUUAUCCACCAUUAUGAACGCCGACCGCAUCAUCGUCGUUACCGGGGGAGAAAUUGUUGAGCAGGGUAGCCACGAAGAGCUGAUCCGGGCAGACGGAAAGUACGCAGAGCUAUGGUCGAAACAGAUUUUCGUCAAGCCCAAGGACAAGGGGCCGCGCGAGGACAAGCCUGCCACCAAGGGGCGCAAAGGCCCAAAUAUUGUCAACGACUUGACCGCCGAGGCUACCUGUUCGGAACUUCGUAAGGUCAAAUCGACCCCGACGACAAAUGGCCAGGCCGAGAGUUCCGACAGCACCACAGAGACGAACAACCAAACGACUCCCGGGCACGAGAAAGAGACCUCUCAGCUGAACCCGGGCGCGGCAACCUUUACGCCCCGAUCGGCGGUUGCUCCGAGCCCAACCCGGCAACCCCAUCGCUCCCUGGACGGCUUCUUCAACAACCCACCCGUGAGCCCAGAGCCCGUCCCUGCUGCCCCGCCGCCCACGCAACACCAAGUCCACUACUUCGCCGCCGCGCCGAUGCUGAUGGUGCCGAUGUCGGCCUCGUAUGCCCCCAUGUUUCAAGCGCAUCCGGGAGUGCUUUCCCAGCCUGUCUUGCCGCCACCGAUCACGGGGAUGGUGAGGAGGCGAUUUGAAACAGUCGAGUCCAGCGUUGGCGAGGAAGAUGACGCCUCAGAGCCGUCAAGAGAGAGGCGAAUCCGGGUUAAGGAGCCAACGCGGGCGGAUUCCGUUUCUACUUCUUCUAGCUCGCGUGCGGACGACGGGGGAGGGCCGAGGUACCCGCGAUACUCGAGGAGGGUACAGUCAAAGAGUGAGCCGGUGACCGGAACGACGGAAAUGGGUUCGGAGCUUGCUUGA